AUGUCAACCUUAAAUGCAAAGACAGCUGAAAUAACAUCCAAUUUUCGAAGAAAUGGGUUUCAAGUAAUAGAAAUAUGGGAGCAUGAAUUCCAAGAGCAAAAAAAAGAAAACAGUGAAUUGAAGGACUUUCUCCUAGGCCACACGAUUAAGGAUCGACUUAUUCCGAGGGACUCUUUUUUUGGAGGACGGACUAAUGCUAUAAAACUGUUUCAUGAAGGAGAUGCAAAAUAUGUAGAUUUUACUUCGCUGUAUCCAUGGGUGAACAAAUACUGUGAAUAUCCUGUUGGUCACCCAACUAUCCUUACGAACAAUUUCAGGGAUGUUGAAGAAUACUUUGGUAUCAUCAAAUGCAAAGUAUUGCCUCCGCCAUCUCUUUAUUUGCCGGUGUUGCCUGUGAGAGAGAACGGAAAAUUGCUUUUUCCACUGUGCAGAAUUUGCUGUGAAACGAUGCAGCAAAGCAAAUGUCGACAUACCGACGACGAGCGUACUAUAGAAGGAACUUGGAUUACAGAAGAAGUUAAGCUUGCCAUAUCGAAAGGAUAUAAAGUUAUCCAGAUACAUGAAGUUUAUCAUUUUGAAAAAAAAUCCAACUCCUUAUUCAAGUCAUAUAUUGAUUUAUUUUUAAAAAUCAAACAGGAAAGUAGUGGCUGGCCUGUAGAGUGUGAAACAGAGGAGCAAAAAGCUACCUAUAUACGAAGUUACGAAGAACGAGAAGGGAUAAAAUUGGACCCUAAUAUGGUAAAGAAAAAUCCUGGUCGGCGGCAAGUUGCUAAGUUAGCACUAAACAGCUUUUGGGGACGGUAA